AUGGAGGAGAGGAAGACACAGUUUGAUCUUAUUUCAUGAGGGAGGGAGUAGGAAGUGUGUGUGAGGGGAAGUGUGUGAGGAGAGAGAGAGAGAGGUUGCUCCUCAGUUGUUCCUCCUCUCAGUCUGACAGCAGCAGCCGGUCGUUCCUCCUCAGCUGUGGACCCCACCAGGUAGUGACAGCCAUGUUGGCGGUGUGUUUGCGGCUGCUCUUGCUCCUCCCUCUGGUCUUCAGCGUCCCCCCCCCCCUCCAGUCUCCUUCCAGAUCUCCUUCCAGACUCUGCAGACGCUGCUGUGAAUACCCAGAGCCGCCAGCAGGCUCCAGCCAGUACCAGAUGCCUGAGGUCCGCACCGUCAUCAACAUGACCAUCCUCAAAGGUGAUACAGGAAACCGAGGCGAUAAGGGUACCCCUGGUAAACCUGGUUUAGAGGGACCUCCAGGCCACGGAGGACCGUUGGGCCCUAAAGGCACCAAAGGCCACCAAGGUGUCCCAGGAGACGCCUGUAAGAUCCCCCAGUCCUCUUUCUCCGUGGGCCGUCGGAAGUCCCUGCACAGCCUCGACUACUACACGGCGCUGGUGUUUGACACGGUGUUCGUCAACCUGUACGAGCACUUCAACAUGUUCAAGGGCAAGUUCUACUGCUACGUGCCCGGGAUCUACUUCUUCAACGUGAACAUCCACACCUGGAACUUCAAGGAGACGUACCUGCACCUGAUGCACAACGACAAGGAGCAGGUGAUCCUGUACGCCCAGCCCAGCGAGAGGUCCAUCAUGCAGAGCCAGAGUGUGAUGAUGGACCUGAGUCUGAACGACGAGGUGUGGGUGCGACUCUACAAGAGGGAGCGGGAGAACGCCGUGUACAGCGACAACGUGGACGUUUACAUCACCUUCAACGGAUACCUGGUGGCACCGAGCGUCCAUUGAGACUGGGACAAAGGGGAUUAUAUAAAGAGUAAUCGCUGGGAUUAUUGGGUCUUCACGCCGAGGAGAGAAGAGAAUUUAAUAGAGGAAGUUUGGUGCUUUUUUAUAUAUAACGUUCAACAAGGCUCUUCAAAUUCAAGAUCUAAGUCAGAAUUCGGAUAUUUUCUCAAAAUCCUGAUUUUUUUUCUAAUGAUUUUGAGAAAAAAGUCAGAAUCUUUUUUCAUCAUUUAGAGACUAAAGUACAAAUUCAGAUGUUUUCUCAGGGUUUUGACUUUAAUCUCAGAAAAAAGUCAGUGUUUCUUUUCUAACCAUUUUGAAAUUAAAAUAAGAAAAAAUACUUGUUAUAAUUUUCGAUUAAAGUACGAUUUCAAACUUUUUCUCGGAUUUCAAACAUUUUCCUUCAAAAUCCAGACUUUAUUUGGAUAAUCCAGACUUUUCUAUCCGAAUUUGUGAAACAAGUAAUAAUCCUUUUUGUUAUAAUUUUGCGAUUAAAGUUGGAAUUCAGAUUUGUUUUUCUUCUCAGUUUUGUCUUGAAUCUCAGAACUAAAACAACUAUUCCACUUUUGGGCAGACCUCAAACUCUUUUUUCUUUCUUCAACCUUGAUACCUUGAUCUCUUCAAGAAAACUUGUGUGAGAGAAAAUGUUCUUAAAAAAACGUAAGGUAACACAAGGUGACUAAAUCAUACGUUUAGGAAUCCAUUUAAAUGACCUCCUUUGCACUAGAAAUCCACUUUUGUACAAAGCCACUCACUUCUCCUCUUCGGUGCCGGGCGUCUUUCCUCUCCUUUCAGGGACUUGAAACACAAGAUGUGUCACGUAUCAGGAAUCUUCUAUCCGUGCUAUCAGUUGUGUUGAUGUGCUAUGAAGAGUUUCUGUCAGACUCAAAUGUGUUCGGACAGACAGCUGUCAGACCUUUAACAAACGUUUCCUUCGUGCCUGUCAGAAUGGCUUUAAAGGGUCAGUUCACCAAAACUCAUCAACUUACUGUAAUAAAGCCACGGUUUCUUCUAACCCUCACAAGUUCGUGUUAUGGAGUUUUAUGUAAAUGUUAAACAGCAUGUUUGAAACUUUGCAUAUCAACCGAGAGAAAAUAUGUGUUUCUUGUUGGUUCUUGUUGGAGAAGCUUUGACUGUUUUAAUUUACAUAAUGUUCCUAGUAAAGGAGUUAAGCCUCUUAAAUGAAAGAAGGGAGAUAAGCACAGUUGGGUUAGGGUUUUAUCCUUCUGUUUUUUUGUUGAACUGACCCUUAAACCUAAAUGUAUGCCCACGUAUCAAAAUGAAAAAGGUGCUUUAAUUCCCAGAGCAGGAAUUCAUUGGGAUUCUGACUAUUAACUAUGAUGUAUUGUUACAGAGACUCCAAGCUGCAGAGCAGUUUAUGUAAAUAGCUGUAUAGAAGCUGUCUUUAUUACUUUGGCACGUAUGCACCUGUCGGCCAUCGUACCUUAUAGUCAAUAUAUGUGCUAGCAUUCAUGCUGUCAGGGCUGGACUGUGUGUGUGUAUUUCCUUCUUCAAUAACCAAGUAUAUCUCUGUUCUGUUUCACUGAGCAACAAAUAGACACUUGAUUAUGAAACAUUAAACAUUUUCAGAAUGAAAAAGUGAAAUCA